ACUGAGGCGCGACGGGGCUGAGGUGGAGCUGCCGCCGCCGCUACGGCCGCCGCCGCCGUCGGAGCUUUCGGUCUCGGAGCUGCCGCCUGCGGGUUUGGCGGGGCUGGUGCGGGCGGCGGGACGGUCCCUAAGCGCCGUCUACCCCGCGGGGACCGCGAUGCCGUGAAGCCGAAGUGAGUGCGGGGCACGGGAGCCGAGCCACCGGACGGGCGGCAACGUCCUUUCCCGGGGGAAGGGCCGAGGUCCAGGCUGAGGCUGGGGGGGUCCGAGCCGGGGGUGCGUCGUUGUUCUAAGAUCCUCAUCGUUACGGCUUUCCCCAAACCAAAACCCAUUCGGGGAGCCGCGGCGGUGACCCACUUCGUUGUACUGGGUCCUUCGUUGUAAGAACCUCCCCCGCCAGAUGAGGGGGAGCCUAGUCCUCUCGCCCCUCCCCCCUUUGGUUCUCCGCCUCCCUGCCCGGUAAGUAAAAGAGGAGUCCGGAGGAAUGAGUAGCGGUCCCGUUGUCCUAGGGCGGGGCGAAGAGCCACGAUUCCGCUUCGAUCCGUGAUCGAUGACACUCGGGGAGCAGAGGAACGGCCUAGGGCAGGCUCAGGACCACGGCUUCUGGUGCCCCACCCCGCCCCUCUCUGCGAAUGCGGCCCAGCCUAGGGUCGUAGAUUUCGAGUUGGAAGAGACUUUAAGGGCUUUCUAGAACUGACGUUUCAUUCCCGAAUUGUACAGACGAGAACACCGAGUCUCAGGAAGUGGCUUGCCCUCUGGUCACAGAGCUAAAACGUCAAAUGCGAACGAAACACCACCCUUACUGGAUUUUGAAUUUCAUUCACCAUGGGACAGCAAAUUUCCGAUCAGACGCAAAUGGUGAUAAACAAGUUGCCUGAAAAAGUUACCAAACACAUCUCUCUGUUUCGAGAAAGUGGUUCUCUUACCUAUGAGGAAUUUCUGGGGAGAGUAGCUGAACUGAAUGAUGUAACUGCAAAAGUAGCUUCUGGCCAAGAAAAGCACCUUCUGUUCGAGGUACAGCCAGGAUCGGAUUCCUCUGCCUUGUGGAAGGUGCUCGUACGAGUGGUAUGUACCAAGAUUAACAAAAGCAGUGGAAUUGUAGAAGCUUCAAGAAUCAUGAAUUUGUAUCAGUUUAUCCAGCUUUAUAAAGAUAUCACAAGUCAAGCAGCAGGGGUGCUGGCACAAGGCCCUACUACUUCCGAAGGAACUGCCGAAAGCUUGUCGUCGGUGUCUUCCUGUCAGGCCAGCAUUUGGAUGGGAAGAGUGAAGCAGCUGACCGAUGAGGAGGAAUGUUGUAUUUGCAUGGAUGGGCGAGCCGACCUCAUUCUGCCCUGUGCCCACAGCUUUUGUCAGAAGUGCAUUGAUAAAUGGAGUGAUCGACACAGGAACUGUCCUAUCUGCCGCCUACAGAUGAGUGGGGUCAAUGAUUCUUGGGUUGUAUCUGAUGCACCUACAGAAGAUGACAUGGCUAACUAUAUACUUAACAUGGCUGAUGAGGCAGGCCAGCCUCACAUGCCAUGAAACUGGAGACUUUUCUUGGUAACCUGGGUUAUAAAUCCCAUUUGGAGAUGGAGUAGAGAAUAGGGGCAUCAGUGUCAUGAACACAUGAAAAUCGAUUCCUCCCUUCACCCCAUCUCUGUAUUUGCCACUCUUUCCCACAAUUUAUUCCAUCCCUUUUGAUAAAUUUCAUGAAUCUUUGUUUUGUUUUGAUCGGAAUCUAAAUUACUGUUUUAAAUCUUUGUACAUGAGCCAGUCUUACAUUGGUAGGUAUCCCGGUAGGUCUGUGGUGUUCCCUGAGAAUGCUUUGGCUGCUAGUUAGAGAAGCAUCGCUUGGAGAAACUUCUGAACACUGGGUUUAGGUAGGCAGGUUAGGUUUUGAUCAAUCCUUAGCGUUCAGUAGUCAUAGCUUUCUGACACACAGACUGAACCCAAUUUAAAACAACUGAAAAUAGAAAAUAAAUCCAAGUGCUCGUUACUACUAAGCUAGUCAUUUUACUGGAAUUUAAAGGGUUGUUGUUGCCCCCUGCUGGUUAAUUGUGAGUGACUCCAUUAAAUGAUCUCUGCAUGAAGUAACCACAAAUGCUUCCUGAUCAAGCAGUUUGUGAUUCAGAGAUAAUAGAUGAUAAAACCUAUAUAUUUCAAAGGGAAUAAGAAAUCUAGAGCUUCUGAAAAUAUUUUUGCCACAAAUAUUUUGUGGGGAACUCACUGUGGGUUGCUUGAUGGUUUCUGACACCCCUUGUGCAAAAUCCUGGGGUUUGAUAGGGACAUUUUUCUUAAUAGAAAAGCUCCAAAUUCUAUACUUUCAAACUCUACAUACUGGAAGCAAAUCUCUACUAAAUGACAAAUUACUCAGUAUUGACCAUGGUGCUUUUUAGUUUCAUGAUUUGGUAGCAUCUUCCUGAGAUUGCAGAAUGCUCACACUUAGGAAGUUAAAAGGACAAGAAACCACUGGUCCUGCUUCUCCCUCGUAAAUGUAGGACCUUCCUGAAACAGAGAGGAAGUUCUGACUACUUGGAUUAGAAUAUUCAGAAAGAAAGGAGUAAGAAUGCAGUCAUAGGCAGUGUCCUAAUAGCAAUUCAGCCUCCUUUGCGAAAGAGGAAAAUGCUCACAAAGAAAAGCAUUUGUUUUGUCUUGACUCUUAGCAGUCAGCACUCAUGAAAGUUUUCUUUAAAAACAAAUAUAUUGAAACCUCCAAGGAAGCCAUUCUGACCCAUUUAGUUAAAGUUGCAAACAUACAAAUUACCAUAAGCACUGGGGCAGAUGAUUUAUGUUGCUAUUUCAGGGAGUGGCUGCAGGAUCACGUGUGUAAAUAGAAAGUUCUUCGAUUUUUUUAGCAAGUGUGCAAAUAAAUUUAAUGAUCCAUUCAUAGAAAAAAAACUUGUUCCUUUCUUAUUGGUGUUAUUUUACCCUCAGCUGUAGGGAAAGGUUCUGGGGAGCGGCUUACACAGAUUCUGCCCCUUUUCAGAUUUGUGACUCAAUUACUAGGCUGAUGGAUGUUUGUGGGCUGAGUACCCUAGAGCCAAAUCUGAAUUUGUUUUCUGAAUUUGACUUGUAGAAGUGGUCUUUGUAAACCUAAUUCAAGCUACUUUUUAAUAUAAUCACAUUACAUAUACUAUAUAAUACUUUGGCCUUGUUUAAAAAUAGAAUUUCCGAGAAAACCAAAUAGUUGCUCUCUCAGUUUUAAAGUGAACCAUAGAAAACACAUUCAACAGUGGUGCCUGGACAUUAUUUGGAUUUCAGUGGCCCCCAUUGAGUGUGUGUCUGGAAGUGAGUGCCUGGCUUGAGAAAUUAGGCAGGCUGUGGUUCUAGGGCAUUCACAUCUUCAAACAUACUUCAUCGAAUUAUGAGAUGCCUCCUUUCCCCACUCCCAUUUUGUUGUAAUUGCAUUAAAGGCCAGGACGUUUGUUAGGAAUCUGUGAAAGGGACUACAAUUGUAAGGAUGAGGGUGGUAAUGAGAACCACAGCCAUAGAAUGGGAUGAAACCUGCACGGGUUUGCAGGCCCCACUCCCCAACUCCUUCAGUAAAAUUCCUUGUGUCUUACUAGGCAGCGAGUGAAGGGGAUUGAUGAUCGUGAUAAGUGAUCUAGUGGUUUCAGUUUUCAAAGCGCUCUAUGUACAUUAUCUCAUUGGAGCCUUAAAACAGCCCUGCAAGGCAGCUCCUCUAAGUUAUUACCCUUAUCACGGGGAUGCUGAGGUUCAGAGAGGGGUCACACAGCUAGUGUCUGAGGCAGGACUGGAAUCAAGUCUUCCCGAGUCCGCAUGCAGGACUCUCUCCAGUGUCACACUGACAGCAUCCCCUCAGCAGAAGCACUUUCUUUGGCCGACUUUCACUGUGCCAUCUCUGCAGGCUGGCCUUACACCAUUUUGUUCCACAUAUCUGUCUCUGUCAGGGAGUUAAUGACCAGCCAGGAUCACUGAGGAAAUCUGAUAUUAACAAAACCUCUCCCAUUUUGCAAAAUGUGUUCCACCCCAAACACUGACCGACUGCCAUGCAGCAGCAUCACAUGUUGUCACUAACCUCAUCAAAAUAAAUGGGAAACUGACAACCCCAUUUCUUUGCUGACUACUAAGCUUUGCAAUUCUUCCUUUGCAUGUGAAUGAAAUAGUUUCUACUGUAGGAUAAACUAAUGCCCAAAGUUGUAAUUUUGCUCAAAGGUGAAGAUCUUAUACUCUUAAAUCUUUUGUAACUAGAAAGUACUAAAAUGCACUUGCUGUGCCAAGAGGUAGGGACUGUGGAGUAACUUGUGCCUUCCAAAGCUGGUGAUCAUCUCUCAUGCACUCACUCUAAGGGACUGGGUUUGUUAAUUGACAAAAUGUCCUUUUCUUAAAUGCACUAAAAGGGUCUCACAAUCUAUUGAUAACUAUACAAUUUUAAUGUGCUAGGAUGACUUUGCAUAUGAGCUGCUUGCUUUCUUCUACACUUAGAUGCAAAUAGGGGAGCUGUUUAAAAUAGAAAUGCUUACUUAUUAAAGUGACUUUCCUAAACUUCCCAAAAGGAAAGUCACAUCUGAGUUUGCAGCUAGGACAGAUGGAUAAAUUGUGCAAUAAAUAAUUUGGGGGGGGAGGGCCAGAAAAGUCAGCUUUUGACAAUUGUUUUUUCUUACAAUUGUGUGGUUUACUAUUGUUAUUAUGUGAUGUAAUUGGUUGGAUCUGUGGAUUAACUAUAAAUUGGUAUUCCUUAGAGGGCUAUUAUUUAUAUACUGUACAUUGGGUUCUAGUGGCAUUUCUAACUGAUUUAUGACCUUUUCUCGCUACUGUUUUUAAAAAAUCAAUUAAAUUCACUUGCGCCGGUUUUUGAACCAGCCUUCCCCGUGCCCAGAUUGCUUGGGGUGAUAAGUAAGGUACUGACAGCAGGUGGUGAACCAGCUGCUGCUUACCACCCCUGUCCCUGUUGUGAGUGGUUCUAAGUGGUAUUGGUGAAUAAUUGGAGCACUGGGGUGGAUCAGGCUUAUUUCAAACAAUUCAAGUUCCAAUUUUGAUUUUCUUAAGCCACAUUUACUACAUUUACCAAAGAAUGGGGAGAAAACCAUUUAAAACACAGCGAGAAUUAGCUAACCAUCUGUGUGGUGGGCACGGAAGUAGAGGUAUCUGUGAAUGAAAACACAAGGGCAAUCUCUUGUACAAGAUUGUGGCUUUUGAUCAUAUUUGUGGAAAGUAGUAAAGAUAACCGCUACACUAUG